AUGAUCAAGGAACCUCUCACCAUUGUGGUCAUAGGGGCCUCCGUGUUCCGAGGUGGCGUGAUGACCGAGGAACCUCUCACCAUUGUGGUCAUAGGGGUCUCCGUGGCCAAGGCGGUGCAAUGGCCCAGGAACCUUUCACCAAGGCCGUCGCUGAGAGUCCAAAUGGCUUCCUCUCUGAUGUCCAUCACCCCACACCCAUUACCCCACACUCAUCACCCCACACCCAUCACCACCCCACACUCAUCACCUCACACUCAUCACCCCACACUCAUCACCCCACACUCAUCACCCAACACUCAUCACCCCACACUCAUCACCCCACACCUAUCACCCAACACUCAUCACCCCACACUCAUCACCCCACACCCAUCACCCCACACCAACCAUCACCCCACACCCAUCACCACCCCACACUCAUCACCCCACACUCAUCACCCCACACUCAUCACCCCACACCCAUCACCCAACACUCAUCACCCCACACUCAUCACCUCACACUCAUCACCCCACACCCAUCACCCCACACUCACCACCCCACACUCAUCACCCCACACCCAUCACCCCACACUCAUCACCCCACACCCAUCACCCCACACCCAUCACCCCACACCCAUCACCCAACACUCAUCACCCACACUCAUCACCUCACACUCAUCACCCCACACCCAUCACCCCACACUCAUCACCCCACACUCAUCACCCCACACUCAUCACCCUAUUUCCCCGACACACACAUUGUCCUCUUAA